AUGGGCAACGUGGAGAGCAGGCCGGCGCAGCAGGUGCUUGACGGGACGCUGGCGGAUUUCGACUCCUCCAUCGUGAGGAAGCGAGUGGACGAGAUGUGGAAGCUCAACGUCAGGUUCGGAGAGGAGAGGUCUCCCUUCAACGUUCACUUGGAUCAAGUGGCCGAUCGCUAUGUCCUCACCAAGGGAUUCCAGCUCAUUCGUGACGAGCUCAUGCUCGGCUUCAACCGCUACUCUGCCGAUCCGAUCACCUCGCAGGCCUGCGCUGCUGACCUCUCUCUGCCUUCCGUCCUUACCACUUGUGGCUACACCAACUGUGGUGAUCGUAUCUGCCAGAAUGCUGUCAAGGCUUAUGCCCAGACUGUUGCCAGCCGCUUCGCGUCCGUCACCGAAUAUGGUGAGGCCAAGCCCGAAGUCUUCUGCCCGACUGGAGGAGGAACCGACUCUGGCCCCACCCUGGCUCACGUCACAGUAGCUCACCAGAUCGACAAGCCCAUCAGAAAUCAGAUCUACAACGGCAACCCUCAUUCCUACGUCCUCGUCAACAUCGACAUCAACACCCACUGUGGACACUACGACUCUGGGGACAAGAUCACCUUCGGGAAGGCGCAGGAGUCGAAGUUCCGUGACGCUCGCGCUGCCUGCGGGGCCAUCGUAGGAACUCUGACCGGCUACAACCCGAACAACGGGGUGCACGUGAGGCUGAGGGCUGACCUGGGGGAGGAGAACUUCGAGUUCCUCUCCAAUAACAAGAUUCUCGCUGACGACGGCUCUGACGUCACUUUCCUCGUUGCCGCCGCCAUCGUGUCCGUCCAGGGCAUGAGAAACACCCUCAGGGCUCUUGCUGAGAACGAGCUGGACGAGCGUGGACUUGGUCACGUGACCGCCUGCGUCAACGUGAACAACGCGGGACCGGAUGAGUGCCUCGUCUACUGCGCGCGUGGAACGGUGUUCGACGGAAAGAUCAAGGAGCAAGGGCUGGGCACAGACGCGACCAAGUACACUGCGAGAACGUACGUGGGAGCGGAUGGAAAGAAGAAGGUGAAGCUCUUGUACGGAAAUGUGAGCGUCGAGGUAAGACGAGGAGGAGGAGAAGAGUGA